AAUUCCGAGUUCCGACAAGGCUCUACUCUCCACUGCAGAGCCGCGAAAGGUAAAACAAAACAAGUCGAACGAGAAUCUGAGUGAGAAAUGUCUACGCCGCGAGUAGGGGAGGAGGAGGAUGAGGAGCGACGUCGUCAAAGGAAGCUUGAAGAAGCCCUGGAGGUCAAAUCCCUUAGGCGCAUCGUUAGCGCCUACCUCAACUACCCAGAUGCUUCAGAAGAAGAUGUCAAAAGAUAUGAAAGAUCUUAUAAAAAGCUUCCACCCACCCAUAAGGCUUUACUGUCGCAUUACCCUUUAAAGUUUCAAAGACUAAGAUGGUGUAUUUCUAGAAAUGCAUAUUUCAUAUUUAACAUGCUUCAGGCAUUUGAACCCCCACUUGAUAUGAGCCAAGAUGCGGAUAUUUUUGAAGACUCGCAUCUUGAAAAUCCCCCGAAUGACCAUUUCUUCUUGGGAGAGAGGAAUGCUUGUUCUUGUCAAUCGACAAGUGGAAGCUUGUGUUUCACCAAAAAUGAUCAAGCCUGUUGUGGGGAAGGGAGCAAUGUGAUCUGCAAGUCACCGAACGGGGCAAAUAUCAAUGAGGAGAUGGAAAUUGAAGGUCAUCAUGAGUCUAUCACUAGGAGGUAUCCUCCAGGCUUGCAUCCUCCAGGCUUCAAUUAUAAUGAAGAGAUAAAUAAAUGUGGUGGAAAUGAGGUCACUGAUUCCAAUGGAAAAGGAAAUGUGUCCUCAUCGUUUCAAGAGUGGUUGGACCCCUCGUUUCAGUUGAAUGUUCCUUUGGUCGAUGUUGAUAAGGUUCGUUGUAUAAUAAGGAAUAUAGUUAGAGACUGGGCAGCAGAGGGAAAGAAAGAACGUGAUCAGUGCUACAAGCCUAUUCUUGAAGAGCUCGAUGCCCUCUUCCCUAAUCGUGAAAAGGACAGCCCUCCUUCCUGUUUGGUUCCUGGUGCUGGACUUGGCCGGCUGGCUUUGGAGAUUUCAUGCCUCGGUUUUAUAUGCCAGGGAAAUGAGUUCUCAUACUACAUGAUGAUAUGCUCAAGUUUUAUUCUUAAUCAAACACAAACUGCUGGAGAGUGGACGAUAUAUCCGUGGAUUCACAGUAAUUGCAAUUCACUUUCAGAUGGUGACCAACUUCGUCCUGUUUCAAUACCAGAUAUUCAUCCGGCUAGUGCAGGAAUUACUGAAGGCUUUUCCAUGUGUGGCGGCGACUUUGUUGAAGUUUAUAGCGAUCCGAGUCAAGUAGGGGUUUGGGAUGUGGUUGUAACCUGUUUCUUUAUUGACACGGCUCACAACAUCAUUGAAUACAUUGAAAUCAUAUCGAAAAUAUUGAAAGAUGGUGGAGUUUGGAUAAAUAUGGGGCCCCUACUCUAUCACUUUGCGGAUAUGUAUGGGCAGGAUGAAAUGUCCGUUGAACUAAGUUUGGAAGAUUUGAAAAAGGUAGCAUUGCAGUAUGGAUUUCAGUUUGAGAAGGAAAACACCAUUGAGACAACCUACACUACAAAUCCGAGAUCAAUGAUGCAAAACCGAUAUUUUGCUGCUUUCUGGACGAUGAGAAAGAAAUCGGCAACAAGAGAGGAGCAUACCACUUCGUAAUUACUUGCUGGGGUUUGCAUGGCUUCAAAUUCUCUCGUGGAUCAUUGUAGCGAUUUACUACUUUCUUUUCAAAUUAUGUUAUACUUAUAUAAGUGGGGAAGGGUGUUGACAUAUAACAUAUAUCAAAGUCUGGUUUUUUUUUUUUUUUUUCAUAAUUACAUGUUUUAAACAGUUUAUUUAUUUAUGCAUCAGUCAAUUUGACAUAUUCAAAACCUUUUUGUUAAUGCAGAGUAAAAUUAAACUU